UCCGUUUGCCUGAGCCGCGCACGUGCGUCCUGAAAGGAAGUAACGUCAACCGAGAGCGCUGAGCCGGACACCUCGGAGAAGGAGUUUGUCUGCCAGUAUGUCUCACUUGCAGAUGAAACUCCUGCGCAAGAAAAUCGAGAAGCGGAACCUCAAAUUGCGGCAGCGGAACCUAAAGCUACAGGGAGCUUCAAAUGUGAGCCAACCAGAAACUCAAAAUGGCAUGGUGCCCGAAGAAGCAGCAAGAGUUGAAAAAAAAGUUAAAAAAUCCCUAAAGCAUCCUAGAGAUGUGAGCUUGUCCAAAGCUGAAAAUGGAGAUGUGUCUGAAGAAAAGGGGCAAGCUGGAAAAGUUAAGAAAUCUGUAAAACUUUCUGGUGUUUCCAGCUUGCCAGAAGCUCAAAAUGGAAAUGAGCCUAAAGAAACAGGGAACGUUAAAAAAGUUAAAAAAUCUCAAAAACAUCCUUUGAAUGCAAGCUUGUCAGAAGCUCAAAAUGGAGAUGAACCUGAAGAAACAGUGAAAAAUGUUAAAGUUCAAAAGUCCCUCCAGACAUCUACCUCAUUAACCAAUGGAGAAGCGACAACAGACUUGGCAUCAAAACAGAAAAAGAAGAAAAAGAGAAAAAUGGUGAAUGAUGCUGGGCCUGAUACAAAAAAGGCAAAAACUGAAGAAAACACCAAGACUCCUGGACAAAUAAAAGAUGGUGUGGGAAAGUCAGAUGGUGAAGAAGGUGACAGCGAAGUGCCCAGCCUGCCCCUGGGACUGACAGGAGCUUUUGAGGAUACUUCUUUUGCUUCCCUAAUUGAUCUUGUCAAUGAGAACACUCUGAAGGCAAUAAAGGAAAUGGGUUUCACAAACAUGACUGAAAUUCAACAUAAAAGUAUCAGACCACUUCUGGAAGGCAGGGAUCUCUUAGCAGCUGCAAAAACAGGCAGUGGCAAAACCCUUGCAUUUCUCAUCCCUGUGAUUGAGCUCAUUGUUAAGUUAAAGUUCAUGCCCAGGAAUGGAACAGGGGCCCUGAUUCUGUCUCCUACUAGAGAACUGGCCAUGCAGACUUUCGGCGUUCUUAAGGAGCUGAUGACUCACCACGUUCACACAUACGGCUUGAUCAUGGGCGGCAGUAACAGAUCUGCAGAAGCACAGAAACUUGCUAAUGGGAUCAACAUCAUCGUGGCCACACCAGGCCGCCUGCUGGACCAUAUGCAGAAUACCCCAGGGUUUAUGUAUAAAAACCUACAGUGUCUUGUUAUUGAUGAGGCAGAUCGUAUUUUGGAUGUUGGGUUUGAAGAAGAAUUAAAGCAAAUUAUUAAACUUCUGCCAAUACGCAGGCAGACCAUGCUCUUCUCUGCCACACAAACUCGAAAAGUUGAAGACCUGGCAAGGAUUUCUUUGAAAAAGGAGCCAUUGUAUGUUGGCGUGGAUGAUGACAAAACUAAUGCCACAGUGGAUGGUCUUGAGCAGGGAUAUGUUGUUUGUCCCUCUGAAAAGAGAUUCCUUCUGCUCUUUACAUUCCUGAAGAAGAACCGAAAAAAGAAACUCAUGGUCUUCUUUUCAUCCUGUAAGUCCGUGAAAUACCACUACGAGUUGCUGAACUACAUUGAUUUGCCUGUCUUGGCCAUUCAUGGGAAGCAGAAGCAAAAUAAGCGGACAACAACAUUCUUCCAGUUCUGCAAUGCAGAUUCAGGGAUACUCUUAUGUACGGAUGUGGCAGCAAGAGGGCUAGAUAUUCCUGAAGUGGACUGGAUCGUUCAGUAUGACCCUCCAGAUGAUCCUAAGGAAUACAUUCAUCGUGUCGGUAGAACAGCCAGAGGCCUCAAUGGAAGAGGGCAUGCCUUGCUCAUUUUGCGCCCAGAAGAAUUGGGUUUCCUUCGUUACUUGAAGCAAUCCAAGGUUCCACUAAGUGAAUUUGACUUUUCCUGGUCUAAAAUUUCUGACAUUCAGUCUCAGCUUGAAAAAUUGAUUGAAAAGAACUACUUUCUUCAUAAAUCAGCCCAGGAAGCAUACAAGUCAUACAUACGAGCAUAUGAUUCCCAUUCUCUGAAGCAGAUCUUUGAUGUUAAUAACUUAAAUCUGCCACAGGUUGCUCUGUCAUUUGGUUUCAAGGUGCCUCCUUUUGUUGAUCUCAACGUGAACAGCAGUGACGGAAAGAGCAGAAAGAGAGGAGGCGGCGGUGGAUUCGGCUACCAGAAAAGCAAGAAAGUCGAGAAGUCCAAAAUCUUUAAACACAUUAGCAGAAAACCGUCAGACAAAAGGCAGUUCUCUCACUGAAGAGUAACUCUCCUGAAAUGAAUUUUUUCCCUUUACAAAAAAUUUUUGUAGCCCUUCAUGUCUUACUCAUCUUUGCUGUGAUCAUACAAUUUUUUAAUUUUAAAUAGUCCCUGAAAAACUUUCUAUUACUGUUUUACUACCAGUGUAAUUCUUUGUUUGUACAUAUCCUUUGUGAUACAUGAAGAUGUGAGUGGCAUGAAUUGCUAUGCAGAGCGACAGAGUUAGACAGGGGUGGCAAUGCAGAAGAAAAUCUGGGUUUCCCUUUGGUUUUGUGUCAUGGACCUCAAGAGUGGUCUGAAGCAACCCCUGAAAGUGCUGCAGUUCAGAAGGGCAGAGCGCUUCAGGAGAUAACCAAGAAGCAGCUGUAGGUGAAAAAUGGUGUUUCGAUGCUCCUGGCUUUAAAACAAAAAGCUUUCCUUUAAAAUGAAAGAAAGUAAGAAUGGUGAUUUUAUUUUUAGGUAUAUUGCAUGGUGGUUUGGAUUUUGAUAAAACCUUCCAACUCUGCAGCAUACAUAAAAGACAAGGGCAGUUAUCAGCAGACUUAAAACCACGUAUGAAACAGUACUCUGUGUUGCCAAAUUCUCCGAGAGGAAAAAAAUGAUCUCUUUCAGAUCCAUGAAACAAAAAAUACAUGUGUGGUGAAAACUGAAACAGACAGAAAACACAAAACACAGGAAUGUGGUUUUUGUGGAGGACCAGUUGAUUUUUAGUGAGUUUUGUGUGGUAUAAACCUACAAAAUAGCUAAAUUUAGUAGCAAUUCAAACUGCUCUCAUGCCGUUUAAUAUUCAGAGUCCCAUUAAACAUAAUUAUGCAGAAGACAUCAAGCGUAGAGAAAGGAGUUGGAUAAAUGGCAUUAAAUGUGGGAAAAACAGCCUCCACCUCUGCGAGCCCAUUGUUAUUUUGGCUGUGCCUCUGGAUUUCAGACCUUGACUUCGGAAGGCCUGGCUUCUUGGAUUCUAAACUCCUGCCAUAAAAUACCUGUUUCUUCACUACUGUUUGUUCCAGAAACAAUUAUGUUUCAAAAAAUACACAAAAACAAAAGAAGAAUCACUAGACAGAAAUAAUACUGUUGCUAUUUUGGUAUGUGACCUUCUAGAUUUUUAUAUGCAUAUUUAUACUUAUUAAUUUUUUAUCAAAGUGAAGUCAUCCUCUGCCUACUACUUGUAACCAUCUUGUUUCGUAUUAUUUCCCUGUGUCAUUAAAUAAUUGCCUGUGUCAUUUUA